AUGUCUAGACUUCUUUGGCCCAUCACUGGCAAACAUUUUUCUCCUUAUAUCCAUGGCCAAUUUGUAAAGCCUUCAUCUCAACACAUACGAAAAUUAGUCAAUCCGAAUGAUAGAUCGCACCUAGUCGACGUACAUGAAGCAUCUCCAUUGCAAGUAGAAGAAGCGCUUGUAAGUGCAAAAGGCAUAUCUGCCACUUCAGAAUGGCAAACAAAUCCCAAAUACCGCAGAGAUCGUCUGCUAGCUCUCGCUCUGAAACUAGAGCAGCAUGACCAUGAUAUGGCACACAUUGAGUCAUUGCAGACUGGCAAACCACUAGGUGAUUCACUCUAUGAGAUCAGUGAUGUGGUCGACUGUCUGCGUUACUAUGCUGGCUAUUGUGACAAAUUCUACGGUCAAUCACAAGCAUUGCACAACAUGCACACAUACACCACUCGAGAACCUCUUGGUACAGUGGCAUUGAUCACCUCUUUUAACUAUCCUCUAUUGCUAGUGGGAUGGAAGCUUGCUCCGGCUUUAGCUGCUGGUAACACCGCUAUCGUCAAACCAGCACCGCAAACACCAUUAUCAUCACUAGCAUUAGCUGAAUUAGCAACCGAUAUCCUGCCUCCAGGCGUGAUCAACGUGCUACCCGGCGGCAUUGAAACAAGCCAAGCGUUGAUUGAUAAGACAGACAAGACCAGUUUUACAGGAUCGACUCAAGUUGGACAACAAAUUAUGCGUCGAGCAGCCGAUCGUUUGCUGCCAUUGACACUGGAAUGUGGUGGUAAAAACGCUGUCAUUGUCUGCGAUGAUGCAGAUCUUGAUACAACGGCUGAUACUGUUGCUAUGGGUGCGUUUUCCAAUGCGGGACAAAACUGCUGUGCUAUCUCACGCGUGUUUGUACACAGAUCCAUUUACAACACAUUCCUGGAUAAGCUGGCCAGCACGGUUCACAGUUCCUGGAAAGCAACAUUAGACACAGCAGAGGGAGACAAUGAAUAUAAUCAAUAUGGCCCCCUAAUUGAUGACAAGCAAUAUAAACGAGUCUUGGGUUAUGUGGAAAAAAGCAAUCAAGCACCCUUUCUUAUGGGAAACAUCAGUGCAACAACAUCUUCUCAGGGCUAUUUUGUCCCACCCACUAUCUUUGCUCAUGUAGAUGAUAAUGCUCCGUUAGCUACCGAGGAGAUAUUCGGCCCUGUCCUUAGUGUCAUGCAACCAUUCGACCAUCUAGAUGAGGCCAUACAGCGUGUGAAUCAGUCUGUAUAUGGUCUUGCUUCAGGCGUUUUUUCGCAAGAUAUUAAAAAGGCUCACAAAGCUGCUCGUCUUAUCAGGGCCGGGUUUGUAUGGGUCAAUACGUACAAUAUCAUGCCUCCUUCGUUGCCCUUUGGUGGGAGAGGCCAAUCUGGUAUAGGUAAAGACCUUGGUAAAUCAGCAUUAGACCAGUUUUCGUUUGAAAAGAGUGUCAUGAUGGACAUUUCUUGA